CAAACCCUCGGAAUAAUGAGCUCAGUGGGUGGCGGUUUUGGCAAUGGCGGAAUCUGGGGAAUGCGGCCUUUCGAUUCUCAAAAUGGAGAUACAGUUAGAAGAAGGAAUUCACCCAAUUCGUCUGGUUCAUCCGAGGCUUCCGGACAAGCAGGUGGAUGGUUCCCUGUCAAGCAAGCAGCGACUGCCGCUACUCUUGCCCUAACCGGUGACACCAUCGCUCAGCUUCGCGAGAGAUGGGUAAAGAGCAAAACUCUCUACAACCAACAGCCUUCUGAUUCUCAUGAGGAUGAGACAUGGACUCUCCUGGACCAUAAUUGGCUGCGUGCCCUCCGAAUGACUUCGUAUGGGUUCCUUCUGUAUGGACCUGGCUCUUAUGUCUGGUAUCAGUAUCUUGAUCGUUGCAUGCCAAAGCAGACAGCACAGAACGUAUUGAUUAAGGUAGUCUUGAACCAAAUUGUUCUUGGUCCAUCUGUUAUUGCUGUUGUUUUUGCAUGGAAUAAUCUGUGGCAAGGGAAGCUUUCAGAGCUUCCAAAUAAGUAUAAGAAAGACGCUCUUCGUACAUUACUUUUUGGAUUUAGAUUCUGGAUUCCUGUUAGCGUGGUUAAUUUCUGGGCGAUUCCUCUUCAAGCACGUGUUGGUUUCAUGUCGAUGAAUUCUAUAUUCUGGAAUUUCUACUUGUCUUCAACUCUGAACAAGUGAACUUCUCUUUUUUGUUUUCUGGGACGGCUUUUGCAAACUGGUAGUCCAUUCUCCAUCACCAGGUAUCGUGUAGGGGCACGAGGCAAAAUGAUGCAGACUUGAAGGGCUGUAAGAGUAUGAAGCUCUUAAAUAUAUUUACAAAUUACAAUUACAAUUCAUGUUAGGCUACAUGAAUGUUGGUGGAUUCUGGAGGCCAUUCAUUUGAAAUUCCAUGUUUUCUGUUUGUUCCAUUUUGGGCCAAUUGGUGGUGUUGCCUAUGUUUUGAAUCAUAGCAGCAGUUUUACAAAAUGGAAGGAAAAUGUUGUGUAGAAAGAAAGACUUCCCUUUGAACUUAUGUACUGGGAUUAUGGAUGAUUUUCAUCUGUGUUCCGAAAUGAUAUAUACUGUAGUUUCUUUUUGCU